AUGGUCAAGUCAACAGGAUUUCUCAGAACUAAAGGAUCCAAGAUCGUUGAUGGUGAAGGUAACCAUGUCGUUCUUAAGGGAACUGCCACUGGUGGUCACUUGAAUAUGGAAAACUUCAUUACUGGUUACCCUGGUCAUGAAACUGAACACAAGGAGGCUUUGUUGAAGGUUCUUGGAAAGGAAAAGUUCGAUUUCUUCUUCGAGAAGUUUUUUGAAUACUUCUGGACUGAUAAGGACUCGGAGUUCUUUGCUUCUCUUGGUUUCAACUGUUUGAGAAUCCCCAUCAACUACCGUCACUUCAUUGACGAUUCUGAUCUCUCCACUAUCAAGCCUUCUGGUUUCAAGUUGUUGGACGCUGUUGUCGACUCUUGUGCCAAGUAUGGUAUCUACACUGUCAUUGACUUGCACGCUGUUCCCGGUGGACAGAACCAAGAUUGGCACUCGGAUUCCGGUGUUCACAAGGCUCUUUUCUGGACUUUCAAGGAGUUCCAAGACAAGACCAUUGACCUCUGGAAGGCCAUUGCUGAGCACUACAAAGACAACACUUGGGUUGCUGGUUACAACCCCUUGAACGAGCCUGCUGAUUCUAAGCACCACCGUUUGAUUGAUUUCUACAACCGUGUUGAGGUUGCUAUCAGAUCCGUUGAUCCUAACCACAUUCUCUUCUUGGAUGGUAACACUUACUCCAUGGACUUCAGACAAUUCCCUGAGAAGCCAUGGCCCAACACUGUCUACGCUAUCCACGACUACACCUACUACGGUUUCCCUGGUAGCGAUACCUAUACCGGUACUGAGGAACAAUACACCAAGCUCAAGACCUCAUACCAACGUAAGGUCGACUACAUUAAGCAACAAGGUGUCCCCGUCUGGAACGGUGAGUUCGGUCCUGUCUACUCUUCCGAGGUCCGUGGUGAUAAGGAUGUUGAGGCCACCAACUCCGUUAGAUACAAGGUCUUGAAGGAUCAAUUGAGCAUCUACAAGACUGGUGACCCAUCUGGUGAUGGUGCCCCUAUUUCUUGGUCCAUCUGGGUUUACAAGGACAUUGGUUACCAAGGAUUGACCUAUGUUUCCCCCAAGUCCAAGUGGUUCAAGGUUUUGGGCCCCUGGUUGGAGAAGAAGAAGAAGCUCGGUCUCGACAAGUGGGGACGUGAUGCCGACCCUGAGAUCGAGAAGACCGUCUACGACCCCAUCAAGAAGCACUUCAAGGAGGUUAUCCCCGAGGAGUACCACAAGCAAUUGUACCCCAGCAUUUUCAACAUUGACAUCUAUGUCGACCGUGUUCUCCGUGAACUCCUCCUCUCCCAAUAUUUAUCUUACGAAUUUGCUGAUGCCUUCAAGGGUCUCUCUUUCGAGGACCUCGACGAGCUUGCUGCUUCAUUCAAGUUCGAGAACGUCGAGCUCAGAGACGAGCUCAACAAGUACUUGUCUGAGUACUAA